UAGUGAUAUCUAUAAAACUGUUCGAUCGUGUGGGCAAAAGUCCUUCCGUAACGCUUGUUUUGGUCACGUGAUAUCUAUCACCCGCUUGCCAACAGUAUAUUUCGGAGUCGACAAUUUAGUGUUAUUUUGGAAUAGAGAGGACUUGUCCAUUACACAAAAUAAAAAAUGGCUACCGCCGGAGAUGAUCUCGUCGCCAAGUUCCAGGAGUUCUGUACCCUUGCAGGUUCCAAGGAUAAAACAAUGAUGACGUCAAAGGCCAGUGGAAAGAUGGUCGCCGAUUGCUUCGAUAAAGGAUAUAAGAAAUAUGACGUCAAAUCUAUUUGUGACGCAAGUGUUUUUCCUGCUCUGAAAGAAAAGGGGAAACCACACAUGGUUGUAAACAAAGCAAACGUGGAUAAAUAUAUUUCUAAAACCGCCCAUGAAAUUGCCAAGAGGAAAACGAAGAACACAAAAAUUGCAGAAAGCGAUGCUGAGGUGGUGACAAUCAAGACCGAUUUAAUAAGCUGCGUUUCCGGUGGUGGACCAAACGUUAAAGUUGUUAAACAAUCGGCAACUGGAAAUGUUGGAGGUUUGACGGACGCUUCUCAAUAUACUGGGGCACAUAAAGAACGUUUUGACAAGGACGGUAAGGGCAAAGGUAUUGAAGGUCGAGCAGAUAUUGCCGAUAACUCUGGUUAUGUCGGUAACUAUAAAAACGAAGGUUCAUACGGCAAGAAAUAAAUACGACCAGAAUCAUAGACGCUUUUUGGAAAGACAUAAUUAUAACGCUCAGCAAAUGACUAAAAUAAUGAAUAAAACUAACGUGAAAUGAGCGCAGUAAAUCAAUACUUUUAAGCUUAUCGAUCAAUACGAGAUAUUCGAAAUAGAGAUAUACGUAAUAGAAGAUAUACGAAAUAGAGAAAUACGUAAUAGAGAUAUACGAAAUAGAGAAAUACGAAAUACGAAAACUAUCCUUUAUUUAUGUCAAUGUACUUAUAUUAGUAUUUUUUACUUUAUACUUCAUUUUUAUAUUUACUUGUACGUAAUGUGAUAUAUUUACGCAUGUGAUCUUAGCAAAUCUCCGAGCCGAAGCUGUUUCUAGUAUGUUUUUAUAAAUAUAAAUUAUAAUGUUUUGUGUCAAUAUGUGAUUGUUUUCUAGAUAUUUUGAAAAAAUAAAUUUGUGUUUGUGAAUAUUUGUGAAAAGAGAA